AUGCCAGCACCGAAGAACGGCAAGAGUAUUUUGAUGACACCCGACCCGUACCAUAUCCCAGGGUACCGUGGGUUUUGUCCACAAUUCAAGUUCCAAUUCGGUAAAACAUUUGGAUGUACAACUUCGAAGCUUUUAACGAGCGACAACAUCGCACCAUCAGGUAGGGCCAUUCUCUCGGAUAUAAACCCCGGUGUGUUUGGCAAGGAAGAGGACGCAAAGAGGGGAUUGUUGCAAGAGAGAAAUGCUAGAUGGGGAGAUCAGAAACUCGGAAAAAUAAUGGUUCCUGGCUAUACUGGAUAUAUCCCAAAAGGCGAGCAUUACUAUGGCUCGAGAUAUGCCAAGACGUGUUUGAACGCAAUUGCGGACUUUGAAAAGGACCAGAUUGCCUAUAGAAACAAAGUAGCGCAAAUUAAAAAGAAGGAUAUAGAUGUUGACCCUAUGAAACAUCUUCGACCAAUGAAAGUUCCAUACGUGUCGCCAAAUGAGAAGCAGCACUCCACAUCCCCAUAUUAUAUGAAAAACAAUGACCCUGGCAAAUGUUUUGUCUCAGGUUACACUGGAUUUGUACCGAAGGCCCGAAAUUUAAUAGGCAUGGGAUAUCCGAUUAUAACUCACGAAGCAUUGAAUUCAUUUACUGGCGAUCUUGAGAAAACUAGGACACGAAUGGACCACCCUGUCAAGUUGACCAGACUGUCACCAGUCCGAAAGGAAUUUCGACGAAUUUAUACGCUCGACACCGGUCUAGUCCCACACUAUACUGGACAUAUACCAGGCCAGAAGUUUCGAUACGGAACUACUUUUGGACACAGCACAAGAAAUGCAAAACGAAUAUCACUCCCCGCUGGAAGUGAAAUAAUACCACAAUUAUCAACAUAA